CGGGAGCCGGCGCCGCAAACGCCGCCGCGAGGCGCCUCGGUAGAGCCGCCGGCCUCCGAGCUCAAGCAGCGCCAGUUUGGCCGGCGCGAUACGUUCGUGGCGCGCGGGACCCCGGAGGCGGCACGGGACGAACGAGGCCAGGGCGACACGCCGGAGCGGAACACCGCACCGCCGCCAGACGCCGGUAACGGUGGCUCGGAGGUCGACAUCAUCUCAGCAGGGACAUCGACGGCCAAGACGCCCUCCGCUCCGAGGAAAAAGGCCGAGCCCAGUCCGGAGCUGCGCGCCGCGCUGAAGGUACUCAACGACUCCCUGUCGUCCGGCGGCGGCGGCGGCGGCUCGGCGGCGGUCGCGGCCGCCUCCCUGGUGCAGACUGAGUGGUUCCGCGUGGGUGGCACGCGCCUGGCCGACCCGUUGGUCGUUGAAGACUACCUGGACGCGUUUGAGGCUGUCUCGCCGCAGCUGCUGCGCGCCGUCGUCAACAUGGCUGACAACAAUGGCAACACGGCGAUGCACUACGCGGUUUCGCACGGCAACUUCGACGUCGUCUCCGUGCUGCUGGACAGCAAGGUGGCCGACGCGCAGCGCCAGAACAACGCCGGCUACACGUGCAUCAUGCUGCUGUCGCUGGCGCAGAUCGGCUCGGAGACGCACCGUCAGGUGGUGCGCCGCCUCUUCCAGAGCGGCGACGUCAACGUCCGCGCCAAACAGCACGGCCAGACGGCGCUGAUGCUGGCCGUCUCGCACGGCCGCCUGGACAUGGUGAAGCUGCUGUUGGAGGCCGGCGCCGACGUCAACAUCCAGGACGAGGACGGCAGCACGAGCCUGAUGUGCGCCUCCGAGCACGGCCACGCGGCCAUCGUGCGCCUGCUGCUGGCGCACCCCGAGUGCGACACCCAGCUGACGGACAACGACGGCUGCACGGCGCUGCAGGUGGCGAUGGAGGCCGGCCAUCGCGACGUGGGCCUGCUGCUGUACGCGCACUCCAACUUCUCGCGCGGCAGCUCGCCGUACGGCUCGCUGCGGCUGAAGCGGGGCGCGUCGCGCACGCCCGGCGCCAGCGGCCGCGCCAGCGCCACGCCGCCGCGGGGCACGCCCACCGGCACGCCCGGCCUGGGCAGGCGGAGUCACUCGUCGCUACAUUGAAUGGCCGAGGCUGGCUUUGCCGGCUAUUGACGCUGCCGCCGGCGGUGCAGCCGCCUGACCGAGGAGCAGCGGCGUCGGCGGUCGCGCAACCGCCUCAACCGCCGGCGCGGCCGGGGAAGAGUAGUUCAGCCCCGCCCGCCACUGUGAUGGCGGCUCACCCGAUCCUCCCCGUGUCGGCGCGGGCCAGCGGUGCACGCUACAACGGGCUGGCGCCGACGCAGUCCGCUACCGACGCAGUCCGGAGCUACCGGGGCGCCGCGGCUUCUACCGUAGCGAGGUCUGCCAGCGGCCGGCGCCGCCUUCCCAUGCAGCAGUUCAGCCUUUCUGCAGCGGGCGGACCGCGGGCGCCGCCCUCGCCCCCCGCACGCCAGCAACUAACCCCGCCCGCGCAGCACCGGGUGCGGCUCCGACCCGCGGCCGGAACCUCGGAUGAUCACCGUAGGAUGUCCGGAGUGCGGUGCCUGGCCCGAGGAGACCGGUACCGGCCCGAGGAGUCCGGUGCCUGCCCCGAGGAGGCGAGCACGCUUGUUUUACCGUUCGACUGACCGUCACCGAGCCGUUUCGAUGACGGAGCCGGUGCGCUUUGGCGCCUCGGUGCGCUUCCGCUGCCAAUAACCCGUUACUAGCCACGUGCCAACGAGUGUAACCGUCUGCGAUGCGUGCCUGCGUUGUGAAGCGUGCGUGUGAAGUGAUCGUAACACCCAGCCAAUACAUUCCUGGAUGACAGUU